UGUCAUCGAAGAAGAGUCAAAUAGUGUAUUGUGCUGUGUUUAGUAAAGCUGGAACAGUUGGUGGUAGUUCUGCAAACCGUGUGAGUCUCUGUAAAUUUAUAUCAAUUAUGUUUAUGUGAUAUUUUCGAAAUGCUGUCCAAUAAAAGUUUGGUGGCAGCCUGUGCCAUAGCAUUCUGCUGCAACGUGGCCCUAAUGGUAUUGUUUGUAAAGUAUAAUUCUGGAGAGAAAUGCUACAUUACAAUCGACGAGAAACAGGUGGUAACUUCCAUAAUACCAGAUGAUUUCCUUAGCAUCGGUAUCGACACAUCUGAAAUAGAACAUUACGAUAAAAUUGAAUUUGGCAAGCCGAGACUGCGACAACUUGCAGCAGCAUUAGCGCCGGCGCGUCUGCGCCUGGGUGGCACCAUGUCUGACCGCCUUAUAUUCAGCGAGAAUGACAUUGUAGCGUCCUGUGAACACUGCCCUAAAGACUCACACUCAAAGUCAGCAUGCUCUGCUGUUAGAAAGUUAUGCAAACACAAACACUUACCUUUCUUCAUAAUGACUGGUAAAAAGUGGUCGGAGAUUAAUGAAUUUUGCAAAGCUACUAAAAAUAAAUUAUUAUUUGCAUUUAAUGUUUUACUUCGUGAUGACCAUGGUUGGUAUGAUCAAAACGCAAAAGACCUUCUGGAAUACAGUAAAGCUAAACAUUUCAAUGUAGACUGGCAGCUUGGUAAUGAGCCAAACUCAUUUGCACAUGUUUUCAAUAUAUCUGUGACUCCAGAAAUGCUAGCCCAUGAUUUUAAGAAGCUUCGUAAACUACUUAAUGAAGUUGGAUACAAACAUUCCCUGCUAGUCGGACCAGACACAACUAGGCCACAGCCCAAAAGACCUUAUUGCCUUGAGUACAUGAGAGAAUUCUUGGGAAAUGGUUCAAAACAAGUUAAUGUAGUCUCAUGGCAUCAAUAUUACUUAAAUAGCCGUACUGCAACACUUGAAGAUUUCUGGAAUCCAAGUACAUAUGACUUAUUGAGAGAACAAAUUGAAACAAUGAGAAAUCAUACGAAAAAAUAUAGGCAUAUGCCUAUGUGGCUGACAGAGACAAGUAGCUCAUAUGGAGGAGGAGCACCAGGCCUAUCCAAUUCUUUUGCUGGAAGUGCUUUAUGGCUAGACAAGUUAGGCCUAUCUGCGAAAUACAAUAUUACUACUGUAGUGCGACAAAGUUUCAUCGGUGGAAAUUAUAGUCUUGUCGAUAAAAAAUUGGAACCAUUGCCAGACUGGUGGCUGAGUGUUAUUUACAAGAAGCUUGUUGGAAGUAAAGUUCUUCAUGUGGACUGCAAAUGUUCUCCCUUGCAGAGAAUGUAUGUGCAUUGUGCAAAUAGGAAAUAUACCAAUGAUACCUCAGCUGUAACUGUUUAUGCUGUUAAUUUAGAAAUGGCUAAAGCAAGGUUCUUAUUAAACGGCACAGCCUUGCAUGGAGAUAAUUUGGUAAUUGAUGAGUUCAUAUUAAGUGCUCCAUCCAAUAACAGGAGAUCUAAGACUUUAUUGUUAAAUGGUUGGCCCCUGUAUUAUGAAUCAGCUUUGCCUGAUCUAGAACCUGUACGCUUAAAAUAUGGCAACCACAUUUCCAUGCCACCAUACUCUCUGGCAUUUUGGGUUAUAAAAAAUACCUCCAUAAAAGUUUGCAUUUAA